AUCACAUAAAACCCCAAUUUCUCUUCGAGGGAAAAACAAAACACAAAACAAACCCCAAAUUCUCACAUUCUGAAAAAUCAAUCAAAUCAAUCGAAGAUGAGCAACAGAGGCAAAAAUUUCCGUCGCCGCUCUGAAGACGACAACGAUGAAUCCGCCACCACCGCAGCGACGGCUCCAACAACAACAACCACCACCAAGAAACCACCACAAUCCGCCCCCAAAAAACCAGCAGCACCAAAACCAAAACUCCUCAGUUUCGCAGAUGAAGAAGGAGAAGAAGAAUCUCCAUUCACUCGUCCUGCAAAACCUAAAAAAUCCACUUCAUCAUCAUCUUUUCUCAGUAAAUCAUCGACUCACAAAAUCACCUCCAUGAAAGAACGAAUCUCUUCAUCUGCUUCAACUCAUACUUCAUCAUCUUCGAAUGUUCAACCACAAGCAGGUGAGUACACAAAGGAAAGACUCUUAGAAUUACAGAAGAAUACUAGAACAAUAGGUAGUUCAUCUCGUCCACCACCUCCUCCUUCUUCAGAACCUAAAAUUGUUUUAAAAGGUUUAAUUAAACCUAUCUAUGAAGAAGAGAAGAAGAAGAAUGAUAAUGAUAAAGAAUUAGAUAGAAUGGAUGUUGAUGAUGCAGAAACUAGGUUAGGAUCGAUGGGAAUUGGAGGUGAGGGGGAUAAAGACUUGAUUCCAGAUCAAGCAACGAUUAAUGCAAUUAGGGCAAAACGGGAGAGGCUUCGGCAGUCACGUGCACCGGCGGGUGAUUAUAUAAGUUUGGAUGCUGGUAGUAAUCAUGGAGAAGCUGAAGGGAUAAGUGAUGAGGAGCCUGAAUUUCAAACAAGGAUUGCAUUAAUUGGGGAUAAGAGUAGUAAUGUUGGCGUGACUAAGGGGGUUUUUGAGGAUGGGAGGAAAUUGAUUAAGGAGGUACCUAUUGAUUUGAGGAAUGGUGGGGAGUUGGUGGAAGAAAUUGUUGAUGAUGAGGAAGAUGAAGACGAUAAGAUUUGGGAGGAGGAACAAUGUAGGAAAGGUAGAGGAGUUAGUAAUAGUGCUGUUCCAGUUGUUGUUGCUGCUAAGAAGAAUUUGUCGCAGCAGCAGCAGCAGCAACAAAGUUAUGCAUAUCAAGAGGGUGAGUAUCAGCCUGGGCACAAUGUUUUGUCAGGUCUUAACAUUGGAGGAUCUGCUGGUGUGAUGAAAAAGCUGUUGUCGAUUCCUCAACAAGCUACUGUCGCCAGCCAAGCUAUGCGUGAGAGCCUUCAGAGGCUCAAGGAAACUCACGGAAGAACCAUGUCAGCGCUGGAUAGGAAUGAUGAGAAUAUGUCUGCAGCACUUUCUAACAUCAUUGAUCUUGAAAAUUCCUUAACACACGCUGAUGAGAAGUUUGUCUUCAUGCAAAAGCUUCAGGACUUUGUUUCGGUUAUAUGUGACUUUUUACAGCAUAAGGCUCCUUAUAUAGAGGAACUUGAAGAACAAAUGCAGAAACUUCAUGAGGAACGUGCAAUAGCUGUUUUAGAAAGGAGGACAGCUGAUAAUGCUGAUGAAAUGAUAGAAAUAGAAGCACCUUUGAGUGCGGCAACGUUGGAACAUAGUAAAGGCAGUAGCAUUGAAGCAGUGAUCAAUGCUGCACAGCUGGUAUCUUCUAAAACAAGGGAGCAAACUAACCUGCCGGUUAAGUUGGACGAACUUGGUCGGGACAUGAACCUACAAAAGCGGAUGGAAGUAAAACGUAGGGCUGAAGCCCGAAAGCGUAGGAAGGCCCGUUCGGAGGCAAAGAGAAUGUCUGCUGUUGGAGAUGAUUUUGCGUACCAUCAUAUUGAAGGAGAGUCCAGUACUGAUGAAAGUGACUCGGAAAGUACGUCAUACAAGUCUAACCGUGAAAUGCUGCUUCAGACUUCAGAGCAAAUAUUCAAUGAUGCAGAAGAAGAAUUUUCAAAACUUGCUCUUGUCAAAGAGAAGUUCGAAACAUGGAAAAAGCGUUUCUUCUCAAGUUACCGCGAUGCUUAUAUGUCUCUAAGCGUGCCUGCUAUCUUCUCUCCAUAUGUGAGACUAGAGCUUCUUAAGUGGGAUCCGCUCCAUGAAGAAUCCGACUUUUAUGAUAUGCAAUGGCACUCUCUUCUGUUUGAUUAUGGGUUGCCAGAACAUGGAGGUGACGUUAACCCGGAUGAUGCUGAUGCUAAUCUCGUACCAGGACUAGUGGAAAAAGUUGCACUUCCAAUUUUGCAUCAUGAUAUUGCACAUUGCUGGGAUAUGCUCAGUACUAGGGGGACGAAAAAUGUUGUUUCCGCCACAAACUUGGUUAUUAAUUAUGUUCCAGCUACCAGUAAGGCAGUUGGGGAUUUAAUAUCUGCUAUACACUCUCGACUAGCUGACGCUGUUGCCAACAUUACUGUUCCAACAUGGAGUACAGUUGUGAUAAAAGCUGUUCCUGAUGCCGCACGAAUUGCUGCAUAUCGAUUUGGCAUGGCUAUUCGUUUGUUUAAGAACAUUUGUUUGUGGAAAGAUAUUCUUUCUAAUUCAAUUAUAGAGCAGCUGGCUCUUGAUGAGCUCCUGAGUGGAAAAGUUCUGCCUCAUUUGCGCAGCAUCAAACCAAAUAUUCAUGAUGCAAUUACGAGAACGGAGAGAAUAGUUGCAUCCUUAAAUGGUGUGUGGUCUGGUUCCAGUGUCACAAUGGAGCGCAGCUACAAGUUGCAGCCAUUGGUGGAUUAUGUGUUAACACUUGGGAAGACACUUGAAAAGAAGCACGCAUCAGGGGUGAGUGAGACUGAGACUAGUGGGCUUGCUCGUCGACUGAAAAAGAUGCUUGUUGAUCUUAAUGAAUAUGACAAAGCCAGGGCUAUUUUAAGAACCUUUCAACUCAAAGAGGCUCUGUGAAGAUAAAAGAGUUUCAUCACUUUCUCCUGCAGCACUGUAAAGAGAAUUUCCAAAUCAUGAAUCCUUUGUGGAACACUAGUUGGUCACAGUGACAUGGUUACAGCCGUUGUUUGUCCAAUCGACUACUCCAACAUGACCGUUUCAUCAUCUCGUGAUACAAUCCUUGUUUGGACUCUUAACAAAAAAAAAAGGAAAUAACUAUGGAGUUGAGUUCUAAACGCCGUCUUACUGAUCAUGGUCAUUUUCUUUUAGAUGUUGUUCUAUCAUCUGAUGGUCAGUCUACAUUAUCCGGUUCAUGGGAUGGUUAACUUCGUCUGGGAUCUAAAAACUGGUGUUAGUUACACGUAGAUUCGUGGAUCAUACUAGUGAUGUAUUAUCAGUUGCUUUCUCUAUUAGUAACCGUCAGAUCGUUUUUGCUUCAAGGAUUGUUCGAUUAAGCUGUGGAGAACUUUGGGUGAAUGUAAGUGUACGAUUGAGAUGAUGAUUCACAUACUACUGGGUGACUUGUGCUAGGUUUAGUCCUAAAACAUUUCUACCAACUGUUGUUUCUGCAUCAUGGGAUAAGACUGACAAAGUUUGGAAUUUGAGGAAUUCUCUAGCGGGACAUGUUGGGUGUGCGAAUUCACCUGAUGGUUCAUUGUACUAUAUGCAGUGGUGGUAAAGAUGGUGUAGCGUUGUUUUGGAGUCUCUAUUUGAGGAAGUGAUGACUCUUCCGUUGACCCGAAUCUUCGGCAACUCCAUUACCACUCAAAUGCAAAAAACUCCAAGUGGAGUCUCUAAUUUUGUUAGCUCAAUUUAAAAUCUUCCAUUAUAA